GAAAGGCGGGGUUGGGCUGCUCCGGCCGAGCCGCAGCUGGGGCACGGCGGGGAGGGGCUGGCCCCAUGGCUCUGGUGACCUUUUAAAUUCUCUGGCUCUCGGGCGGCCUGUCCACUCUUAACCUGUCCGUCUGCAGCGAGUGCCGCACUGCUCAGCUCUCCCAAGGACUCCUGUCCUCUACUUUAGGCGGGAGAUGCUGCUGCUCGAUUGCAACCCAGAGGUGGAUAGUCUGAAGCAUCUGCUGGAGACCGGGGCCUCCGUCAACGCACCGCCGGAUCCUUGCGAGCAGUCGCCUGUCCACUUGGCUGCAGGUGGCGGCCUUGCUUGCUUUCUUCUCUGGCAGCUGCAGACGGGCGCUGACCUCAACCAGCAGGAUGUUUUUGGAGAAGCUCCCCUACACAAGGCAGCAAGAGUUGGAAGCAUGGAAUGCCUCAGCCUGCUUGUAGCCAGUGAUGCCCAAAUUGAUUUAUGUAAUAAGAAUGGGCAAACAGCUGAAGAUCUUGCUUGGUCAUGUGGAUUUCCAGAAUGUGCCAAGUUUCUUACAACAAUUAAAUGCAUGCAGACAAUAAAAUCAAGGGAACAACCCAAUAAAGAUCAUUGUGUUCAAGUGCUCAGACAGAAACGAAGUUUUGGAAGUGAAGAAAAUACAAGUGGGAAAAGGAAGUGUUGAUGUAAUGGUCAUGAAGAGGUGUGGAGAAGGUCUUCACUUAAUGCAGCUCUACCACUCAGCUAUGCGCUGUGGCUUCUGGCUCAUCAAGUGUGUCUAAACUCCUUCUAAGAAGGAGGAAACCUUUCUUCUAAGCGAAGAUAACAUUCAAGAAUACAUGUAUUUACAUGCCUAUAAUGUUCUGGUUGUGCACGCU